CACAUUGCACUGACAUAACCCAACUUUGUACUGGGAAAGACUGAAGAGAGAGAAAGCCAUCGGAGUCUUGCUGUGCAUCACUCAUCAAAAUGUUGGCUCUCAUUAACCGGCUCCUAGACUGGUUCAGGUCUCUCUUUUGGAAGGAGGAGAUGGAGUUGACUCUAGUUGGACUGCAAUAUUCUGGCAAAACAACGUUCGUCAAUGUGAUAGCUUCCGGCCAGUUCAGUGAAGACAUGAUACCCACGGUUGGCUUCAACAUGAGGAAAGUCACCAAAGGCAACGUGACCAUCAAGAUCUGGGAUAUAGGGGGGCAGCCGCGCUUUAGGAGCAUGUGGGAGAGAUACUGUCGUGGAGUCAAUGCUAUAGUAUACAUGGUUGAUGCUGCAGACCGUGACAAGGUAGAAGCUUCCAGAAAUGAGCUGCACAAUCUUUUAGAUAAACCACAGUUACAAGGAAUUCCUGUGUUGGUCCUGGGUAAUAAGAGAGACCUGCCCAAUGCUCUGGAUGAGAAGCAGCUCAUUGAGAAAAUGAACCUGGCAGCAAUACAAGACAGGGAGAUCUGUUGCUACUCCAUUUCCUGCAAAGAGAAAGACAACAUAGACAUUACUCUGCAAUGGCUGAUCCAACACUCAAAGUCUCGAAGAAGCUGAGAGGGAUGGAGAAGUGUGUCCCAGUCCUGCCCCAUCUUCUGCUGCCAUGUUCCUCUCUCUCAUACACACACACACACACACGCACACACACGCACACACAAAAAAAACACUCAUCCUCUUGCUCACUCUGUGAAACUGUACAGUUGUCUAUCCUACGUUCCUGUCGUCUUCAUCAUCAACCGCGCCUCCAAAGUUCUUCACAAGCAACCCUUCCCCCCACCCCACCCUCCCCUCUAGACUCGCACAGUUCAAAAUCGGCCUGGGUCCAUUUAAUCCUAAUUGCUUUUAGACCUCUGUUAACAACAGGCUGCUUGAUACCUGACAGUCAGUUGUCAACAGAGAGCAAGAACCUUGCCCUCCCAGUCCAGGGGCAGGGAGCUGCUGAACGCCUUGGGGAAAUGGCAGAAGAUUGUCUGUGGGAUCGCUAAGCUCCGUACCUCCCUGUGGAACACCCUCCAGAGUGUCCCAUGUGAAGAACAGGGGAAACAGAGAGUGAACGUUAGAUCAGUUCUAUCUCUUCCGCCUCCUCCACCACCUGUUAAUGAAAGAUUCUGUUGUGCUUGUGAAAGUGUAACUGUACAAUUGUUGCUUUUUUUUUUUUUUUUUGCUUUUUUUUUUCCUUUCUUUUUUUCCGCCAAAAACGGAGAUUGUUUAUCCUGAGAAGCUAACGUGUACUGUUGACUAGAGAGGAGUAAUUAAGUAAGUGAGUAGCUUCAGCUAGUAUUUAAACAAAGGUGAAUGAACUUGGGAGAUUUUUAUAUUAAAAAAAAAAAAAAAAAAGAACAAAGAAAAUAAAAGGAAAAGGCGAACGUAUAUAGAAAUCUAUAUCUAUAAAUAUAUUUAAAAACAAACAAACAAACAAACAAACAAACAAAAAAAGGUGUGUGAGGAGGGUAAAUUUGUAGUAGUUUUCCUUUAACUGGAUGAUGAAUUGGAUGCUGUUUGAAAGCUUGGGGAGAGAGCGGCAGAAUUGAAAAAGUGCCUUGUUCUGAGUCUCCCUCUGAAGCUGUGCAGCUGGCCAGGUUCACCUGCCUGGAUGUUUAAGUGACAAAAGACACCACUCGUUAAGAACUUUGAGUAAUACAAUGGCAUGCUUUUUAAGGUAAACUAUCGUACCAUGGUCAUUAUCAAUCUGAGUCCGGAGCUGUGGAGUCUUUGCUUUGAGCUGUCAUUGAAAAAGAGGCUCAUAACAGUUGAAAGCCCCACUAUUAGUGCACUUUUGUAAAUAUGAUGAAUCAAUAAACAGAUUGUCAACAUGUAAGAA